AUGUCCACCCUCAACGAAGUAUUAUCAACAAGACAGCGCCUAUCAGUCUACCACAUCUACCACAAAGGUGACGAGCAUGUCUCCAUAACGCCAUUUCUAAAUUUGCGAAAAGAACUCGGCUAUAACAAAAAGCAACACAAUGACUUAGCGAAGGAAUACGGCAGCGAACCAGACCGAUCCGAUUCAGACAGCUAUUUCGUGCACAAACCAUCACUCGCCUUUCACAACACCCCGCGAACCCUCCGUCGCGGAAACCUCAAGCGUGGAACGCCAAUCUGUAUCAUGAAUUGUGGGCCUUUUUGGAGGAGCUGGAAUUUACAGUUUGGGCCCGAUCUGAAGCUUAUUAUUGAUCCGAGGGGUGUGGUCAAGUGGGAACAUCGCAGUAACCCAAACAAUACUGCGCUCAAUGAUGAUCGUGCGCUGAAGGGGUAUAAAGUUCGCACGUGGCGGCUUUGGGGGGAGAGUGGGAAGGGGUAUCAUCGUCAGGUUAACUUCCGUCGCAAGGCUACUAAACAGGGGACUUUGGAGGAGAAGGUGCAAUAUGGUGAACUGGCGCCUGUGAAGAGCGACAAGAAGACCUCUGAGAGCGAAGAGGCUACGUUUAAUGAGAAGCGUCUUGAUUAUUCGCAAGCACCAGAGUCGAAAUCUACAUCUGAAGACUCUGUUCCACAGCCAGCUGUGGCUGAAGAAGCAGUGCGGCUUGUCUGGGACUUUCCAAUAUCACUCAACUCCCGACAAUACAGUUUCAAAUACGCCGAUAUCAAAUUCACCUGGGAAGGGACACGAGAUCUCCAUUCAAACAGUAAAUGGGCGAAGAGACUUAUGCCAUUUAACCAUCUGAGGUUACUUGCCAGGCUACCAGGUCGUGAGAAUGAGCCUGUAGUUAUUGCACAGUAUACAUCCAGCUUUGCAUGCCGGAAAUUCGGCGAACUUUGGGUCUUUGAUUCGGCAGUAUCCAGUGUUCUUAAGGAGGCGGGCAACUCUUCCCUGUGGAGCAAGAAGAAUGAUGAGGAUGAGGUCUUUCAGUUGGAUCCUGAUAAUGAAAUCCGAGAAACGAGGCUUUAUUUUCUGGUUAUGGCCACGGCUAUGUGUAUGGUAAUCAGUGAAUGGCAGAAGCGGAUGGUUAUAUUUAUGAUCCUCGCCAUUGCUGCCGAAGGGGGUGGUGUUUGA